UUCUUUACAGGAUCUGAAAAAAAAAUGUCAAGAAAGCAGCUAGCAGAGGUUCUUCAACUAUUACAGAGCAACCAGACAAAGACUGUGUUUGAGGGUCGUGUUCUCAUCCUGAAAAUAUUGGAGGGAUGUUUAUCAGACACAAAGAGAAUUGCGGAGUCUCUGAGCAGUAGCGGGGAGAACAGCGAGUGUCACACUGUGUUACAAUGGUGCCACCAUCAUGUGGUCAGUAACAGAGAGUACUUUAUCCCACCCACCCACACGUCAGGGGACGAAACCCCCACCCUGGGCAACACCCGGAUCACAAGGUCACCACAGGAGGAGUUACUUUCCUUUGCCUUCACUCGAUGGUUUUUACUGAAGAUGAUAUGGCUACAGAGUAAACCAGAGUGUGCAGGAUUACAUGUUAAGUGUCAGAAAAUUUCUGUGGAACUGCUACAAGUCAUCAAAUGGGGAGAUCUCUUCUCUUUCUCCCAACUCUUGACGGAGCUGAUUUAUACCAUCGCAGAACUAGUCAAGAUCAAUGAAAACCUCUACAACGGAGAUGCUGGGAGCACUCUACGGAGAUUUUCUGUAGACAAGGACACGGUGAAGAGGAGCUUAAGGGACCCAGUAAAGGAUGAUGUAGAAACUGAAACAGACAUCAUCACUAUACCAAGUUUGGACAUAUUUACAGUAGAGGAGUGUGAAAGUUUACAGAUGAACUUAACGAAAGUAUUACUGUCCUUGUGUGAUGACCUUGAUUUGGUGGGGAAUCCCCUGUGUGACGUGGUUUGGGGAGCCAUGUGCUGCCAUCUGGAAUUUUAUGAUCUGGAGAUGAAAAUUGAGUCCCUGAGAGUAAUUGAGAAGUUGUUGUUGGAGGGACUUCCACAGAUUCACAUACACGACUACUUCAUUGCCUGCCUUAGUGCUCUAGUAGAACUGCUGUGUGAGGGCUGUAAGGAGGCAGAAAUCAGUGAAAGGCAGACACUAGAGGAGAGGACGGCCCAGGUUCUGUUGAGUGUGUGUCUGGCCGACAAGAAGCCCCUGACCCCCAAUCACCUGUCAGACUUCCAGCACCAAAACAUCCUACAGAAAAUAUGUCACCACAUCCAACAACAUGGCUUCCACAACAUGGUUACUGUUGCCAUGGCAAUGUCCUUGUCUGACCUACUGAGUCAUUGCUUAGAGGCUCUUACUGUAGUUGGUCCCUUGGAAGGGGAAACUAAACACAUCAAAGACCAAGUCUUUUCAGUACUGUUACAGGAAGUUGGAAAGAAUACUAGGUCAAAGUACCUGGUGAGGCCUCUGGUGAUUUUGUUAAUGUCUGACAUCAGACAGACGUACAGUGGACUAACAGAUACAUCAGUUACCAUGGCAAUGGACAAAACAGAUACAGGUGCCUCACAGUUUAAACGCAAAAGAAAGGCAGAUGAACAGCCUACCCAACAGAAGGCAAAACCACCACACAGAUACCUGAGACUGAAAUCAAAGAUUAAAAAACUAAUCAGUAGCUUAAAGGACCCAAACCAGGACAAGCAUGCAGAGAUUUUGGAGGGGAUUCACACAGCUAUAAAGGUGAUCAGUGUGGGCGUCAUGACAAGUUCUGAGGCUUCAUCUAACCACAAGAAAAUUCUUCCAGAAGAUGCAAGCUCUUUGUUGUUAUGGUUACCACGUGACCUUGUGGAGAGUGUCCUUGACACCUGGAAGUUGACCUUGCAGUACAGUCACCACUGGAAUCCUGAUGAACUGAAUAUAAACACACUGUCUAUUGUUAGGUCAAUAGUGGCCCUGCUAGACACACAAGAGUGGACUGAUCAUGAAGAUACAAUGUGCUGGAUAUUGUCGUUACCAUGGUUACUUAAUGAUCCCUCAUGGAUGGACCUGAAACCAGCAGAGACUAAGACAGUCAGCAAGAUCAGUCAAGAAAUCUCAGAAAAAUUGGAUAAUGAAGUCAGAUGUGAGUGUCUUAGAGGGUUGUCUUUGUUGCCUAAAGACGUUUCCCCCCAGUGGAGGGUACAUGUGUACCGGCAAGCAUGUACAGACUCCGAUACUGAAGUGAAAAUAGCAGCUGUCCAGUGUCUACCCAUGUUACUGGUUCAUCUGGGACCAAAUGCAAAUCACCUGGUUCAUGACCUUUUGCUACCUAUGGUCAAUAAACCUGAUUCUGUGACCCAGGAAGCUUUAGUCUCAAUAGCUGGAAUUCUGGCCUGUGUCAUUUGUAGAAAGGCUGUACUCAGAAAAGAGAGAAAUAAGUUUGCUUUGGUGGAUCACUGUCGUAAGAUCCAGUGUUUAUCUUGUGACAACCUGCUGGAUAAACAUGAGAAUGCUUCAUCAAAAGAGAGACCCAAACUUGUCGAUCCAAAUAUGUUUUCACCUUUCCUGAAUCUUAUCGGCAGACACAACACUCAAGUGAAACUAAAGCUGAUCAACUGUAGUCUAGAGAGAAUCUUUGGACACAUUGGAGUCCGCUCCAACAACAGUUCUACCAUACAGAUGUUAAAGACCUGUAUGUCCCUCAUCCAGGACCCUGACUUUGGGGUCAGAGAACAGUUCAGUAAGAUUAUAGGCUCCAUGGUAGGUGAGGGAAACAGUGACUCCAAUCAGCUGAUUGUACGCACACUGAAAGAGACACUGGAGUCAGCACGGGUCCAACAGAAUGUCAGACUUCAACAGACUGUGAUCUUAACAAUCGCCCAGAUUGGCAGGGUAGCAGAGGAUGAGUUGUUACUUGUGGUCAUCAUUAGUUUACUUGAAAACAUGCUGUCUAAAGUCCAGUUAAUUGCAGCAAUAGCAUACCAACAGCUUAAAUCAGUGGCCAAAUACAAGAAAACUAAAACUCAGAAUUUGUUUCUCAACUCAAGACAGCAGAUUUGUAAGUUUUUGGUGACGGCAAUGUUAGACUCCCAGAAAAGCAAUGCUGGCAGAUCGGCAGAUGAGAUAUUAAGAGAUGUGGCGGAUGUUUUAGAUUUCAGAGACUGCAAGUCCUUUCUAAAGGCUGCUGGGAAGUGUAUGAUCCCUCAGUUUGUCAGUACAGCGUCAUCAGAAGCUUCCUCACUCAUCAAAAUGAUAGCCACCAUCCUAGAUCUACCAAGUCGUAUGAAGCUACUUCUGGAGAACAUUAAGUAUGUGUUUGCAUACCUCGUCUGUUUCUGUCAGCGCAGUGAGAUGGAGCGAGCCAUCAUUUUCCUUCAGAAUGAGACUGACCUUGAACUUGCCCAGCUGUUGAGGAUGAAUUUCCAGGUGGUUCAUCAGGAACUCCUCCUGUAUCUCAGCACCCACUAUAACCAGGUAUUUAAUGGACUGCGACAUCUCUCCACCUAUGAUCACAAUUACACGGGUCCCAAAGACAUCAAGACUUCAGAACAAAUGGCUGACUACCUACAGCCCAGACUUCUAGGAGUCAUCGCAUUUUUUGACUUCCAGCUACUCAACGCCAGCACCCCACUGUCCGACAAAAAACUGACAAUGGAAAGCCUGACAGCCAUUAUUAAACUGAUGGGGAAGAAACACAUAGGAACAAUCCGCCAUAAAGUGAUCGGGACCUUGAGGAUUGGACUCCAGUUUACAGAUCGACAGUUCAUUGAGAUUAUUUGUCGAGCCUGGAACUGUUUUGUAAAGAGCCUAGAGUUGCCUUUCCUUGGACAAAUGAUGUCACAGAUUAUUGCUACUCUUCUGCCACUUCUGGAACACCUGCCCAAACAAGUCGCAGAAAUCAUCAACUUCAUCAUCGUAGAUAACAGGUCAGCCCUGAAAGACCGAUUCCAUGAGAUCUACUUCCUGCCUGAUAUUCCAGAGCUGGCCGAUGCUAACGCUGUCCUCAAGAAAUAUACAGAGAUAGGUCCAUCUAGCCAGUCCGACUUUGGGACUAAAUUAAAACACACAAUUAAGGGAGUCCAACAUGAAAGUGCGGACAUCAGAAUCCAUGCCCUGUCACAGCUCCGCACCCUGCUACAGCAGGAAAAGGAUGUGUUGUAUGAUUAUAUCAUAGGGAAUGAGACGGCAGACCCCAUUAUCUCACAGCUGGUUUCAGUGUUGCUGAAGAGCUGUAGGGAUUCUAAUGUGAAGGCCCAGGGUCUGAUUGCUGAGUGUAUUGGUGAACUGGGGGCAAUAGACCCUGGAAGGUUAGAGUUUAUGACCAACAACCCUAAAGAGGAGAGAGCUAAGUUCCACAGUAGUAUCGGGGAUGACAGUUUUGCCGUGGGUCUGAUUAACGAAGUCGUCAAGGCUUUCCUGGCAGCUCAAGAAAGUCGUAUACAGGACUGUGCAGCCUAUGCUUUACAAGAACUUUUGAAGAUCUACCAUAUCAGUGAGCCAUCAGACUCUGACAAGACGUCAGGGAGACUCUGGGACCGCUUCCCAGAACACGCUCAGCAGAUAUUGGUCCCCCUGCUCUCCUCCAAGUACAUAGUGAAUAAGAAGAGCGACUUCUCCCAGCUCACUAAGCCUAUCUACUACAGCAGUGAGAGGACCCGCAAGUUUGAGGACUGGGUACACACCUGGACUUCUUACCUGUCCUCAAAGGUGAAGAAUGAGAAAGCGUUUGAAGUAUUUCGAGCCUGUGGGGCCCUGAUCAAGCACGUGGUAGGUGUGGCCCUGUAUAUCCUGCCGUACGUCGUACUGGAGGUUAUAGUAGAUGGAUCAGAGGAGGAUAAGAAGGAGAUAAGUGAAGAGAUCAAGGAAGUAUUGAAUCGGACAAGAAAAACGGACAACAAGGACCGACCAAUAUCACACUCCCAUCAUCUGAGUGCCCAGACUGUGUUCUCUGUACUGGAUUAUCUGGUGAAAUGGAAGAGGUUCCAAUCUCAGAGGGCACCUGUCAGCUACCCUGGAAAAGAGAAGCCCAGCUACUUGACCGAGCCCCGUUAUGUCGCCGUGACCCGCUUCCUGGAGGCGACUCCCCAGGACCUGCUGGCUGACGCCUGUCAUUCCUGUAAAGCCUACACCAGAGCUCUGAUGCACCUAGAGCAGCUCCUGUCCAGCAAGGGACAAAACAUACAAGAUCAUCUAGACUUCAUGCAGAAACUGUAUGUUGACAUGGAUGAACCAGAUGGUGUGUAUGGCGUGGCAUCUAUCAGGCAGGCCCAACCCACUGUCAUGGAGGAAAUUCUGGCCCAUGAAAGUCUGGGUCAGCACCAUGACUCUCAGGCUUGUUAUGAAAAAGCAAUUCAAAGUGAGGCUGAUGAUGUCACAUAUCACCAGGGACUCCUCAAGAGUCUACUAGAAAUAGGUCAGGAAACCCAGGCCCUACUGCAUGCCACGGGGGCCAUUACUGAAAGAAGGGAAUGGGGCCCUCAGUUGAGCAGCUAUAUGGUGGAGGCAGCAUGGAAACUUGGAGACUGGCAUAAACUGGAGACAUUCUUGGAAUCUAAUAAAAACACCAGGGGUUGGCCAUUUGGAAUUGGUAAAAUCCUAAUUGCUGCAAAGAAUAAAAAGGAGGGUCAGUUCUUUGAGCAGCUGAAUACUGUCCGAUGUGAACAGAUAGGGCCCCUGUCUGCGGCCAGCAUGGAGAGUGGCUCAUACCUGAGGGGCUAUGAAUAUAUUGUCAGGUUACACAUGUUAAAUGAAAUUGAGGAGAACUGUCGAGUUUUACUUGGAAUCAGAAAUAACCCUGAAGAUGAUUCAGAGGGGAAAUCCACGAUGGAUCAGCUUCUACAGCAAUGGGAGACUAGAUUUGAGACAGUUCAGUGUUCAUUCAGGACUCAGGAGCCUCUCUUGACCCUCAGAAGGACGCUGUUUACCCUGGUCCAGAGACUGACUGACCUUGACCUGGACCAGGAAAUAGGUCGCUGGUGGCUCUCCAGUGCUCGUAUAGCAAGAAAGGCCGGAUAUCUACAGACUGCCUACAGUUUCCUGUUACAGGCUGCUGAUUACAAUUUACCCGAGUUUGUCUUGGAGAAAGCCAAAUACCUCCGACAUAAGGGUGAACUUGACCAAGCUCUGAAGUAUUUAGAAAGGGGAAUGGAAUCUAAUUUUGGCAGCAUGCAGCAGUUGUUAGCUGACACCUCAGAAAAUGCAAAAGUCAAGAGGAAACAUUAUGCACAGGCUCUCUUGUUGCAAUCACGUUUCAGUGAGGAGACUUCCUGUUUGGAGAGUAACGAGAUUUUAAAACUUUAUCGUAAAGUCACCAAUGUUAACCAUGACUGGGAGGAUGGCCAUUUCUAUAUUGGUAAAUACUACGACAAAAUCAUCACCACACUGCUAGAGGAUAAACACGAUAAAGAGAGACCCAACCCCUCAAAACAGUGGGAGGUGGUGCCUUUUGUUGUGAAACACUUUGGGCUAUCUUUGAGGUAUGGGAACCAGUACAUCUACCAGUCCUUGCCCCGCCUACUCAGUCUGUGGCUCGACUAUGGGGCUUCAGUGGUGGAGGCAGAGAAAAAGGAGAGGUCACGCCAGCCCCAGGGGACGCAACCCUCACAGAAACUCACCAACAUGAAGAAGUCACUUUCAGACCUUAAUGAGAACAUUUCUAAGAUGGGUCGAACCCUAGCUCCCUAUCAACUGUUCACUGCCUUCUCUCAGCUCAUCUCCAGAAUCUGCCAUGUGGAACCAGAGGUCUUCCAAAAACUCAAGGAGCUGAUAGCUAAAAUAUUUGUAUCUUUCCCUCAACAAUCUAUCUGGAUGAUGAUGGCUAUAUCAAAGUCUUCUUAUCGCGUGAGAAAACAGAGAUGUGAGGAUAUAUUUGCCACUGUCAAAAUGAUUGACCCUAACCAGAACAAGUUUAUUCAGGAUGCCACAAAGUUGACAGAGAGGCUGCUGGAGCUCUGUGAGAAAGACAUUAAGGGGACUUGCACACUGAGUAUCACUAACCACUUCAGACCCCUCAAAAGACUUCUAGAGGAUAAGGACUUUGGGCCGAUCCUGCUCCCCCUACAAUCUGCAAUGAGGGUGACCCUCCCCAGUACCCCAGGAAGUCAUGUAGACCACAAUCCCUUCCCCACAGACCUAGUCUUCCUGCAGAGCUUUGAAGAAGGAAUUGAAGUACUACCAUCUCUUCAACGCCCCAAGAAGAUUACGAUGAAUGGGAGUGAUGGGCGUUUGUACACCAUGUUGUGUAAGCCCAAGGACGAUUUGAGGAAGGAUUGUCGGUUGAUGGAGUUUAAUGCCCUUGUCAACAAGUUCCUUAGUAAAAAUCCGGAAGCUCGAAAAAGAGAUCUGCACAUCAGGACCUAUUCUGUGGUCCCCCUGAACGAGUACUGUGGCCUCUUGGAAUGGGUGAAUAACACUCAGGGGUUAAGGAACAUUCUUCUGAGAAUGUAUAAGGAGCGGGGGAUUUAUUUCAGCGGGAAGGACCUACAGAAUAUGACCCCCAAACAGGACUGUCCACAUGAACUGAAGAAGAAGAUCUUUAAGGAGAAAUUUCUAUCCAAACAUCCUCCUGUUUUCAAGGAAUGGUUCCUACAAACAUUUCCUGAUCCCACUUCAUGGUACAAUGCCCGUCUAGCCUAUGCUCGAACAUCUGCUGUCAUGUGUAUGGUGGGUUACGUACUGGGCCUGGGAGAUCGCCAUGGGGAGAAUAUCUUGUUCGACUCAACAUGUGGAGACUGUAUUCAUGUUGACUUCAACUGCCUGUUUAACAGGGGAGAGACUUUUGAUUGGCCAGAAAAGGUCCCAUUCCGCUUGACCCAGAAUUUAGUGGACGCCCUUGGGCCCCUUGGUAUUGAGGGGAUUUUCCGUAGAUCUUGUGAGGUGACCCUCAGGGUAAUGAGAGAUCAGAUGGACCCCUUGAUGAGUGUAUUACGAACUUUCAUCCAUGACCCUUUGGUAGAGUGGAGGAGGAAAUCUAAAACACAGAAGAUUUCCGAGACAGAGUUAGCUCAGGGGGAAAUUCAUAAUGAUCAGGCUUUGGUCCAUGUACAGAACAUUGAGUCCCGUUUAAAAGGGAUUAGACGUGGCACGAUGCAGAAACCCAGGAGUGUGGCUCUGUCAGUGGAAGGACAUGUUAAUUAUCUGUUACAGGAGGCUACAAGUCUUGACAACUUGUGCCAGAUGUAUGUUGGAUGGGCUGCCUAUUUGUGAAGUACAACAAACUAGAGAUGUGAGACAUUUGUAUUCUAGUUAUCAGUGAAUUAGGAAUGGAACUUAAUUCUGAACAAGGGUUGUAAAUGGGUCGUUGAAAACAGUUAAAUGAUGAUUUGUUGGACAUGAAAAGCAAAAAUCUUCAUUUUAUUCUGUCUUUCCCAAAAUUAUUGCAUUAAUAUUGUUAUAUACAUGUAACAAGGAAUAUAUACAUGUACAUGUAGCUGUAUUACAUUGUUAUUCUUCAUAAAAUAUUUUCUCUGA